AAAUACCUCUUUUGACUGUAUCUCCACCUCUUUAUGCUCUAUCUAUUCCUUUCCUCACCAGCCACUCUCUAGUCUCUAUACCAUUCUCUCUCUCUCUCUCUCUCUCUCUUUCGACUCUCUCCGAUCUCUUUCUUCCGACGAUACAAUCUCAAAAAUGGGUGGAAGUUCAAACGAUGAUGAUUGGGAAUUCACUUCCCCUUCAAAUGGGGUUCAAACUGUGGUUUUGGUUGGACGUACAGGAAAUGGAAAAAGUUCAACAGGCAAUAGCAUUCUUGGAAGAAAGGCAUUUAAGUCAAGGGCUAGCUCAGCUGGUGUUACCAGUACUUGUGAGCUGAACAGAACUGUAUUGACAGAUGGCCAGAUUCUUAAUGUUAUUGACACUCCCGGAUUAUUUGAUUUUUCUGCUGAGUCUGAAUUUAUUGGAAAAGAAAUUGUCAAAUGCAUCAAUAUGGCCAAGGAUGGCAUCCAUGCAGUUCUUGUAGUUUUCUCAGUCAGGUCCCGCUUUUCGAAAGAAGAAGAAGCUGCCCUUCAUAGCUUGCAGACUUUGUUUGGGAAAAAAAUUUAUGACUACAUGAUUGUAGUCUUUACUGGUGGCGAUGAACUCGAAGAAAAUGAUGAAACAUUGGAAGAUUACUUGGGUUCCGAGUGCCCUGAGCCUUUAAAGGAAAUUCUUCUUCUGUGUGGAAACCGAAGAGUUCUGUUUGACAAUAAGACCAAAGAUGAGGCAAAGAAAGCUGAACAACUUCAGCAACUUUUCUCUCUCGUAAACAUGGUCACUGAGCAGACUGGUGGUCAACCAUAUACGGAUGAAAUAUUCAUUGAAUUGAAGAAGGGGGCUAUGAAACUUCGUGAUCAGACAGAAGAAGUUAAUUCCUUGGAGGGGUACUCGAAACGUGAGAUUUCUGAGUUGAAGGAGCAGAUGCAUAGAUCAUAUGAAGACCAGCUCAAGCGAAUAACUGAUAUGGUUGAAUCGAAGCUGAGGGAGACUACUCACAGGCUUGAACUGCAAUUGGCAGAAGAGCAAGCGGCACGAUUGAAGGCAGAAGAGAUUGCUCAGGCAGCUCAAAUGAGAUCAAAUGAUGAAAUCCGUAAGCUGAGAGAACAUUUGGAGAGAGCCCAGAGGGAGACCGAUGAGCUUCGCAAGCAAGCUGAAAGUGGUAGGUGUGCUAUUUUAGAAAUGGAAAAAGUUCAACAGGCAAUAGCAUUCUUGGAAGAAAGGCAUUUAAGUCAAGGGCUAGCUCAGCUGGUGUUACCAGUACUUGAAAUUCUUCUUUCUUGUGGAAACCGAAGAGUUCUGUUUGACAAUAAGACCAAAGAUGAGGCAAAGAAAGCUGAACAACUUCAGCAACUUUUCUCUCUCGUAAACAUGGUCACUGAGCAGACUGGUGGUCAACCAUAUACGGAUGAAAUAUUCAUUGAAUUGAAGAAGGGGGCUAUGAAACUUCGUGAUCAGACAGAAGAAGUUAAUUCCUUGGAGGGGUACUCGAAACGUGAGAUUUCUGAGUUGAAGGAGCAGAUGCAUAGAUCAUAUGAAGACAAGCUCAAGCGAAUAACUGAUAUGGUUGAAUCGAAGCUGAAGACUACUCACAGGCUUGAACUGCAAUUGGCAGAAGAGCAAGCGGCACGAUUGAAGGCAGAAGAGAUUGCUCAGGCAGCUCAAAUGAGAUCAAAUGAUGAAAUCCGUAAGCUGAGAGAACAUUUGGAGAGAGCCCAGAGGGAGACCGAUGAGCUUCGCAAGCAAGCUGAAAGUGGUAGGUGUGCUAUUUUAUGAUGAUGAUAUGUAGACGCAAGCAAUGCAUUUUCUGGAGCACGACACAUUGUUUUAAAGUUUAUUUAUGAGGCAUAA